AUGCGGGCGGCGCUGGCAGCGUGGCUGGUGCUGAGCCUGCUGGGGGGGACAGGGGCCGAGGACACGUGCGGGGACCCCCCCGCCGCCGCGUCCCGCUCCGUCCCCGCGCCCCAGCUCAGCCCCGAGGAGCGGCUCUCGCCCCACAUGCCCGAAUCCCUGCGCUGUGACGCCUGCUACGCCAUCGCCUUCCAGAUUGAGGAGCAGCUGCGCAAGGCAGAAGGGAAGGUGGGCAAGAAGGCUCUGAAGGAGUCGGACUACAUAGAGGUGCUGGAGAGGAGCUGCUCACAGGACUGGGAGAGUUACGGGGUGCUGGAGCUGGACGGGGAGAAGCGGCUGUCGGGGCCGGGGCUGCCGAGGCAGCCGUCCCUGAGCGUGCUGGUGUCGGGGGGACCGUGGCCGGGCAGGCUCUCCAAGCUGUGCCUCGGCUACGUGGGCGAGCAGGGCGAGGCGCUCAUCUACGGCGCGCACCGGCGGGGCCCGGCCGCGCUGCGGCAGCUGCUGUGCCACGGCGACAAGGGACCCUGUGCCGGCCGCAAGGAGCGCCCGGACCCCCGCAAGGCGCUGCAGAACGAGCUGUAG